GUAACUGUAUCAAACUGAAGCACCCCGGUUCGUUUGAGAGUAAGAGUUACCUGCUCCUUAAUCAGGAGGGCGCUGCUGCCUAGCAAACUGUAAAUGUGUAAACAACCAUAUUCACAGUACAGCUUGUGUGUUUGCACGUGUAUGACUUAAAAUGAAAUCGGAAUAUCAGAAGCACUUCAAGGUGUCGGCGCUUAGGAAAAGCCUGCCUCUCUACUACGAGAAUGUGGCCUUUCGGACAGCGCGUCGAGAGAGGGAGUAUGCCCACACACCGGUCUCCUGGUACACUGAGGAGAAAAACGAUGAUGAAAGCGUGGACAGUGACAGGGGGGAUGAAAGUGGAUCAGAUGGGAACGAUGACAGUCUACAGGUGCCAAAAGUGAUGAAGAAGAGACUUGUGGCUGAGAGAGACGAAUGGAGUGAUGAUGACGAUCACCCCACCGAAUCCCCACUGGUCCAUGAUGAGAAGUCAAACAGUAUGCCUAUUUCCGCAGAAAGAGAACAUUCACAAACACAAUUGACAGUGGGUGCAAAUGAUUCAGAUUCAAGGAUUAAGAAGCAGAGGAGACCGGACAGAAGACAGAAGAUUCCUUGCCCUGUCAGUAAACUACAUGGUCCGAUGUCAGGAACGAAGCAACCACAAAUAAAGAGUUCCAAGAGGUCAACUACAUCCGCUGGUGUGAGGUCAAAGGCUUCCACUUUAUCCAAGUUGAGGAGAUCAACAACGCCUGCAGCAGAAGCAGAAGCACAGCAUCCAGCGCCAUUCAUGUCCUACGGCUGGGCAGGUGCUGGGCGUGACUUGUCUCAACACAAGACCUUCAACAUUCGAGCAACAGCAGAUGUUUACCCUGCUGCUCUUCGGGCCCACUCCAGGAGGACAACCGCAGCACAGCAGAAAGAGGUGUCAGCUCAGAAGACUAAGGAGGAUCGCGUGCAGGCACUAUUGAAUUCAGCCGCCAACGAGAGAGCUAAGCACGAGAUUGAGUGGACAUCUGAGUACAGGCAGCAGUAUCCCGCAUACAGCGAAGAGGAGUACAGCCGGAGUCUCUCUGCUCGGGCCAGUGAGAGGAAACUGUGUCGUAUCAUCUAUGUGUCGUGAUCACAGAAUGCUGGUUGAGUGGGUUCAACACUCUAGUUUGUAGUCACACAUACCAACCACAUAACUUAGUCAAUGACACAAACAACAUUGAUAGUCACAUUAAUCCAUAGACCAGGAGGAUGGAAACUACUCUCAUCUUUUGUCUAUAUGGUACACAAUGAUAUGCUGGAGAACAGUCCUCGGCAAAUGUGAGAGUUGUCUCCCUUAUCAUACAGUACAAAGAUUGUACAGGCCCUGGCCUUGUGGACACGUUAGGGCCAUGGAUUUAUGGGCCAGGUCAACCUACAUGAACAUAUCUCAUAGAGCAGACUGAGUCCGCCGCGAAUGGUGCCUUGUGACAACUUUUAUUUAACCCUCCUACACAACACUGAGAUUCAUCAACAGUCUUAGAUAGCAAGACUUCUACAUUUUUCAGAAAAGCUUUUUUAUGUACAUAUAUUUUAUUGAAUUCUGUUAUUUAGUAUAUGUUUAAAUUAUCCAUUGCAUAUUUUGCAAAAUGUUACUUUUAUAUUAAAAUGAGUAAUCCUA